AUGAAUGAAAAUGACAAUAUUAACAAUUAUAUACCGUCAUUAUUAAAUCCAAGAACUAUAAGAAAUGAAAAUAUAUCAUUUACACAAUACUCGAUUAUUUCUACCAGUUCAUUAUCUUUGAAGAAAAAGUUCACUAAUAAUAUUAAAAUAAAAGAGAACAAGGUCUAUAGACACAAGAAAGAAAACGUGAAUGUUGAUAAUAUAACUGCAACAAAAGAUAAAAAUAUAUUCAUAAGUGAUAAAAGUAAUGGAAACCAUUCCUUAGGAACAUCUGCUAUUGAAGAUUUAAUAUUUAAAGAUAAUAUUAAUGAAACAAGCCCCAUCAACAUAGAUGAAUAUAAAUCUUAUAAAGAGGUUUAUGAUAAUAUUUGUAAUGGAAAUAAAAAUAGCUCUCUAAAAUAUAAAUCAUUUGUAAAUAACUCUAGUGUCACAUAUAGUAAAACUGCAGAUAAGCAUGAUUCUUAUAAAGUGAAAUCUCCAGUUUCUCUUUCUUUUGGCAUCUCUAACUGUAAAAAUAUAUAUGUUUAUUCAGAGAAAAGUACUCUGAAAGGAGUUUCAUUCCAAGUCAAUGAAAAUGAUAUAAAUGUAGAUUGUGAACUAAGCGAAGGAUCUCAGUUAUCACAAAUAACAAUUGGAAAUAUGUCCAACAUGAGUGAACCUCUUUUUAGUCCACUAAAAAGGAAAUCUGUUGCUGUCAACUUAGAAAUAAAAAAGAUGAAAUUAGCAGCCACAGAUAAAAAUACAGAAUCUAAAGUUCUCUUUUUGAAUACAAAUGCCAAUGAAAAACUGGUCUAUGUCAUUGAGCAACCAUUAAAUUAUAAAUUAUUGAAGCGUACAAUUAUUGAUAAAAAUAAAUCAAUUGAUUCAAUACGUAAAACAAAAACAGUAUUUAGGCAUGAAAUAAAUGGCAAAAGUAUUAAAUUAAAGCAGUUAUCUCUAGACUCAUACUUUCAAUGUAAUAAUCGAUUGAAAACCCCUUUGAAAUCUAAAUUGGGGGAUAGUCAAGUGUGGCAUAAUGAGUAUAAAGUGAAACUAGACAAUAAUGACAAACAGGACAUGAGCAAAAAUUCAGUUCAGAGCGAUGCUAUUAGAAGAACACCAAAUAAGUUAAAUAGAAAUGACUCAAAAUCGCCACAGUCGCACAAAACAUUACCAAAACUUGACAUUCAGCCUAUGUUUUCUGAAGACAAGCGAGCUUCUUCUUCAAGAUCGAAGAAGGGUAGUACAGGUUCACACUCGCCUCGGAAGAAUAUGGACUCCAUACAGUUGAAUCAACUAUUGGAUACCAAAUCUAAUAGAGCGUCAAUUGUCGCAAGAAAUGUUCCACAUUUUAAAAUCGUAGCAGGAACGCAUUUUGCCGUCGAUGCUUUUUCAUACGGGGAAAUUCCGAAUGUUAAACAUUAUUUCCUCACCCAUUUUCAUUCCGACCACUACUUGGGGCUACGAAAGACUUUCAAUAAAGUGUUGUACUGCUCAAAAAUAACUGCAAAUCUGUGUAAGUCACGUUUAGGAGUGAACCCGAAAUGUAUUAACAUAAUAGACGUCGACGAAACAAUUAAAAUCGACGGUGUAGAGAUAACUGCGGUGGACGCUAAUCAUUGCCCCGGAGCUAUAAUGUUGGUGUUCACACUGCCGAAUGGUAAGACGCUGCUGCACACUGGCGACUUCCGCGCUACUCCCGCGAUGGAGUCGUAUCCCGUGUUCUGGAAUAAGGAUAUACACACUAUAUAUCUUGAUACUACAUAUUGCAACCCGCGCUACGAUUUCCCCACUCAAGAGCAAUGCAUAGAUAUGGCGAUACAUUUGCUGAGACUAAAGAAAACGGCGGUGGAAGAUGCUGGAAGGCAGUUCUCUUCUGUUCUCAUAGUCUGUGGCACAUACACUAUUGGCAAAGAGAAGUUCUACGAGGGCGUGUCGCGGCGCGUGGGCUGCGCGGUGUGGGCGUGCCCGGAGAAGGCGCGCGUGCUGAGCGCCGCCCGCGCCGCGCCCGCCGCCGCCGCGCCCGCCGCCGCCGCCGCCUGCCAGCUGCACGUCGUGCCCAUGCGGGACCUCACGCAUGACACAUUGCGAAGCUACUUGAACAGUCUCAACGGUGUGUUCACUGAAGUAGUAGCGUUCAAGCCCAGCGGCUGGGAGAAUGGGAAGAAUUCGUUUAUUGAAAAGGAUUGUGUUACGAUACACGGUAUACCGUAUAGUGAACACUCGAGCUUCUCAGAGUUGGUGCGAUUCGUGAAGUUUCUGAGGCCUAAGCAAGUUGUGCCCACCGUCCAUAUCUCCGGAGGGAUUGAAUCUGUUCAGGAAUACUUCCGCCCCUUCAAGCUGGUCAACAAGGACGAGAUUCAAUGUAAAAACAAAGUCACAGAUUACUUCACUGUUCAAACAAGACAACCAGUAACA